GCCAACCAGCCCACCUUACAGUCAAAAGACAAUCAUUACUGUACCAUGUAUUUCUGUAACUUACCAUUUCUAUGUCUUUUACAGCAAAGAGCCUCUGGCAAGGUGGUGUUUGACCUGGUGUGUACUCACCUGAACCUCGUUGAAGGGGACUACUUCAGCCUAGAGUACCAAGACCACAACAAGAUGAUGGUGAGUGAAGAAAAAAAAACAGUACAACAGGUUGUUUCUGGACUAGGUGUUAGGUUGUUGCUGGACUGGGCGUUAGGUUGUUGCUGGACUGGGCGUUAGGUUGUUGCUGGACUGGGCGUUAGGUUGUUUCUGGACUGGGCGUUAGGUUGUUUCUGGGCUGGGCGUUAGGUUGUUUCUGGGCUGGGCGUUAGGUUGUUGCUGGACUGGGCGUUAGGUUGUUGCUGGACUGGGCGUUAGGUUGUUGCUGGACUGGGCGUUAGGUUGUUUCUGGACUGGGCGUUAGGUUGUUGCUGGACUGGGCGUUAGGUUGUUGCUGGACUGGGCGUUAGGUUGUUUCUGGGCUGGGCGUUAGGUUGUUGCUGGACUGGGCGUUAGGUUGUUUCUGGACUGGGCGUUAGGUUGUUUCUGGACUGGGCGUUAGGUUGUUGCUGGGCUGGGCGUUAGGUUGUUGCUGGACUGGGCGUUAGGUUGUUUCUGGGCUGGGCGUUAGGUUGUUUCUGGGCUGGGCGUUAGGUUGUUGCUGGACUGGGCGUUAGGUUGUUGCUGGACUGGGCGUUAGGUUGUUUCUGGACUGGGCGUUAGGUUGUUGCUGGACUGGGCGUUAGGUUGUUGCUGGACUGGGCGUUAGGUUGUUGCUGAACUGGGCGUUAGGUUGUUGCUGGACUGGGCGUUAGGUUGUUGCUGGACUGGGCGUUAGGUUGUUGCUGGACUGGGCGUUAGGUUGUUGCUGGACUGGGCGUUAGGUUGUUGCUGGACUGGGCGUUAGGUUGUUUCUGGACUUGGCGUUAGGUUGUUGCUGGACUGGGCGUUAGGUUGUUGCUGGACUGGGCGUUAGGUUGUUGCUGGACUGGGCGUUAUGGUUGUUUCUGGACUGGGCGUUAGGUUGUUGCUGGACUGGGCGUUAGGUUGUUUCUGGACUGGGCGUUAGGUUGUUGCUGGACUGGGCGUUAGGUUGUUGCUGGACUGGGCGUUAGGUUGUUGCUGGACUGGGCGUUAGGUUGUUGCUGGACUGGGCGUUAGGUUGUUUCUUCUUUAUGUCUGUGUAGAAGCCUUAAAUUCAUAUCUCUAUACUGACUAAGGGAUGUUUGUUUUCCUUCUGUUCACAGGUUUGGCUAGACCUCCUUAAGCCUAUAGUCAAGCAGCUGAGACGUAAGUACCCUGACUUCAUUACAUGCUUUUACACAGCUGGCAAUGGACAGUUCACAGUCUUAAUUUGGUUCAACAAACACUUGUUGUUGUUGUUGCUGCUAACAGAAGAAAAUGAAUCAAGCCAAAACAUGGAAACAUUGAAUGUCUUUGAAAGAAGGAGACCGCUAGGAGAUUUAAUUUAGUUGUGGCAUCUCAACACCAUGUCUCAUCUGAGCAAACGUAAUCACACACAGAGACCAUCUUUCUUCCAGUCGGAGGCUCUGGUGUUAAACUUUUACAUCUCCAGUCAUAAAACUUUCAUCAAGUCUUAUAAAAGACUGGUUUGCUCAUCUACCAAAAUGGGUAUGUGAUGAAAUCUGUGUAUCUGUGUGAGAUAACCCAGAUUCAGGUCAAAGUGAAAUAGAGUAUAGGAAGGAAUCAUAGAGAUCCUAUUCUAAUUCCUAAUUCUAUGAUAGGAAUCUCCUUAUUUAGAAUGUAUAGUCUAUAUUGUCUUGGCUGUGACUCUUCUUAUAUAACCAUGCCAUCAUCUCACACCCACAGGGCCCAAGCACACAGUCCUGAGAUUUGUGGUGAAGUUUUUCCCCCCUGACCACACCCAACUACAGGAGGAACUGACUAGGUAAGACUAAACAGGAAGAAGCAUAUUAAACAACAUACCAACCGCCAUUUCAGAGAAACCUUCAGUCUACAAACCUCAGCUAUAAGAUUUUCUCAUCUACAGGUGCUUAAUAAUUGGAAUUUUUAUUCCGCUGACAAGCUGUCAGUGCAUGAAGUCGUAUAAGGCUGACUGCACAGCACACAGCAGGCUAUCAGCAGCCAUAUUAUCCAGUCUUUCCAUUAGAGUAAGUCAUUCUCAGGUCAGGUCUGUGUGUGGAAAUUACUGCGAUGUCACAGAAUAUAACUGCUAAUGCAGAAGUGACUAAUGUGUUCCAGCCUCCCAACAGAUUUAUUUGGCGUCCAUGUUUUACGCCUGCCAGGUUUUUAAUGUAGCACCUUCAAAUGGUCCUGGUUAUUACCAUUGGACUAAUGUUUUUCUGAUGUAUAUUUUCUCAUUAUAUGAUAAUGCCUUGACCCUAUAGAAGGUUACAGUUGAUAUUGGAUGGGUAACUAAGAUAAGAUUAUUGCUCUGCAAUCCAAUUAUCUUUGUUAAAUGCAUUUUUUAGGAUUGUACUGUACACCCCUAUGAUGCAAUCGUAAAGGGUCAGUCAACAGUUAGUAAUUCUGGGUGUGGUGACAUUUGUGUGCCAGGAAGCUGUCUUUUUGAACCUGUUGUAUUAUAGAUUGUGUUUGGCAAGCUGGGAUCACCUCCAAGUGGUUCCUUUGAGGUUGCUCCCUCCUGCGUUGUCGUCUGACAGGUUUUGACGUUAACCACACAUAGCCAUUCAUCCUGUUAACUCUGUUCUAACCUGUCUCUGUGUCCCGUUUUGUCCAGGUACCUCUUCGCCCUGCAGAUCAAGCAUGACCUUGCCUGUGGACGUCUGACCUGCAACGACAGUAGCGCCGCCCUGCUGGUCUCCCAUAUUAUCCAGUGUACGUCUUCUGUUACUAUAUGUCUUAGUGGAUCCCAGGGUCAAUAGAGCAGAUAGAUGUGUAGGAAAACAUGUUGUGUUGCUCAUGGCGUCUUCAAACUGUCAAACAGGAUGUGGUGCAGCAUCCCAAAUUGAGAAUCAGUGUGUUGCCAUGGAUACCUUUUUAGUCUUCGUCUGAAUGAAAUCUGGAAAGACGGACGGCUUCAGAAUAACCAAACAUGUCAGUACCAGAAACACACUGAGAGUCUUUUGAAAAGCCAUCCGUUCCUCAGCCUGCCGGGAUUCUAAUGCUAGAGGGAGCUGUCAAAGUGUGAUCAAAGAGGGAAGAGACACAGAUGAGGAUGUAUUCUAUUCGAUUGAAUCUAUUCUAAUCUAUUCUAUUUAGGGCGAAUAAUCCAAAUUGUUAUCAACCUGCGGUCUUGUAGAUACAUUUACACAACAUCUGUAGUUCUACACAAUGUAAUACAGUGGCAUAACAUUAACCCUUUGUCCUCCAGCUGAGAUUGGGGACUUUGAGGAGAGCCAGAGUCGGCAGCACCUCCUCAACAACAACUACAUUCCAGAACAGAUGGCUCUGAUCGACAAGAUCAUGGAGUUCCAUUCCAAGAAUGUGUGAGUAACUCCUCUAACUGGUUGGUCUGCACUAGAAGCAGAGCGAUGUGUAGGCAUUAUUCCGGUCCACUCUGAACAGGAAAAGAUAGUAAAAUACCUUAUACUUACACGUCCCAAGGCAAUGUUUUAUACCCAGAUGACACAGUCAGGAAACUCUGAAUGAAUAGUGUGCUUUGUUCCAGUGUGUUAACUGACAUGGCAUUCUUCAUCAUGUUUAGACAAGGCAAAGCCCCCUGGGCUGGUUGAGUGGUUAAGGCCUGGAGGUGAAUGUGUGAAUGUCUGCUUUAUUAGCAACCCUGCUUGGGUCCCCAGAAAAGGUCUGGAAUCUACCUGGAUCACAGCCUAAUGAGCAACACACCACCCCAGACUUCAGCAUGGAAAACCGCUAACGACUUUGGAUUUCCAUUGUUAUAUCUCCUGUCUAGUCAGUUGACAGGUUGGCACAAGGGAAACGGUUGCUUGAACUCACUCACUGUAGCUUCUCCUACUCCCAAUAUGUUUUUCCUAUAAUCUGUUUCCUAAUUGGAUAGUUCUGUACUCCUGGGAGAACACACGGUGGAAGGCUUCCAUAUCCCACAAUCCCCUCAGUGUCCCCCUCAUCGUUGCAGCUGGCUGGCUCUGAACAUGUGUCAGGAGGACAUGGCCGACCCUUCCCUCACCCCCAGUCCUCCACACUACACUGGUGUCACUGCAGAGAUGGGAGAUCACCAGGCAGCUGACAAGAUGAAAGGAGCUCCGUUAGAUUUGACUGCCCUCCCUGACUUGUUCUUUUUUUCUGUCUUUUCAGCUGAUAACACUAACCACAGUUCUCCUGGCAGGGAGCCAUGCCCAGAGUUAAAUCUCUAAUUAACUAAAGCACAGAGGAAACAGGAAAGCUUUUUCACAGAUAAGAAGUAGGGAAGUGAGUUACUAUGCAACUUUGUUUCUACCCAGACCUUGGUGGUGUGUGGUGUCAGCUGAAUGUGGGAACACAGAUUGGCUUGUGGCUUGGUCUCUCACCUCAAUUACAGAACAUAUAGGAAUAUGUAGUUGAGUGAUAGAUAUUAUUCCUAUUUAAAGUACAGUUCUUGGUUUAGAGCAGCCAGGUUCAGAAGCCCAAAAUGGAAGUAAAAUAUAACUGUUUGUGGACCCCUGGAAUUCUGACGCAUCCCACCUCAACUCCACCUUGCCGUGAUUGUGAAACUUAUAAGAGACUUGUGUGAGACUGCGUCCCACAUGGCACCCAAUUCCCUAUUUAGUGCACUGCUUUUGACCAGGGCUGUGGGCACUAUAAAGGGAAUAGAGUAUCAUUUGGGACGCAGUCUCACACAAGUUGGAGGCCUAUGAGACUUACAUGAGACUUGACCCAGACUGCUGUCCGUGUGCUUGUAGGGGUCAGACGCCAGCAGAGUCAGACUACCAGCUGCUGGAGGUGGCACGCAGACUGGAGCUGUAUGGGGUGAGACUGCAUCCUGCCAAGGACCGCGAGGGCAGCAAGCUGAGCCUGGCUGUGGCACACACUGGUGUCCUGGUCUUUCAGGUGACUGAUACUACUUUACAGGUCAACACAGAGUAGAGGUGGAUGGAGUAAGAGGAUUUGUAGACUGCUGUUUAUAAUUAGAAACUUACCGGAUGUUUGAUCAUAUGUUUGAUGUGGAUGGUGUAAUAGCAAAUUUGUAGUUUAAAUGAUUAACCAGCUUAGGUAUGCUACCAUGUAACACACUUGAUUACAGCUGUUCCGCUUUUCAAUUGCACUUUGAAGUGGCAUUGAGAUGACAGGCUUUUGACAUGUGACAGUUUCUCUGUUCACAAAUCUAUUGGGAUUAAGAGCUAGCUAGUUCUAUUUGAGGAAUGUGGAGCUGAUGUUUGAUGACAGGAUUAGGAAGAUGAACAGGCUGAUUUUUAUUGCAUGUCACACGCCAUGUUAAACCAUUGUAUGUACUUAUAAAUCGGCUGCAGGGACACACCAAGAUCAAUGCCUUCAACUGGUCCAAAGUGCGCAAAUUGAGCUUCAAAAGGAAGCGGUUUCUCAUCAAGCUCAGACCCGACCUGAACGUAAGUCAUAUGGCCAUAGACGAUAAUAAUUUUAAAUAAUAAUCAUUAUCGAUGCCUAUGGGCAUUCAGCCCUGAGUUUCCAUUGACGUGUGUUACGUCUAUAUCUGUCCUCCCCUGCAGCAGAGCUCUUACCAGGACACUCUGGAGUUCCUGAUGGGUAGCCGGGACUGCUGUAAAGUCUUCUGGAAGAUCUGUGUGGAAUACCAUGCCUUCUUCCGCCUUUUCGAGGAGCCCAAACCCAAGCCCAAGCCUGUCCUCUUCACCCGAGGCUCCUCCUUCAGAUUCAGGUAGACAAGCUGGCCCCUCGAGGGCCCCUGGGGCCACACAAUAAUAAAACAGUCUCUCGGGCUACAGGAUUUAGCAGGUUUGAUGAAGAACCAGUCAGUGCCUCAGUCUGAAUCUCAUUUCUUAACUAUCACCCGGACAGAGCUGCUCCAGCUCUGCUGUAAGUUCACUGACCUCAAUCAUCUCCCUUGCUACCUUUCUCACUGCAGCGGUCGGACCCAGAAGCAGGUGAUUGAUUACGUGAAGGAUUCUGAGUUUAAGAAGAUUCCGUUUGAAAGGUAAAGACUUAGGGCUCUAUUUUUGGCUAACAUUAAGACAGCACAAUUGUCAAUUCUUCUAUUUUCAAACCCUAGUGCCAGGAUUGGUAAUUUACUUGUCUAAUAUGAGCUCGCUUGCGCUGAUGUGGGAUGGGUGGCAAUAUCUGAGGUGUGUCCUUAAAAACGUGCGACGAAGUACCAAUUUCAGUAUGCGCCGGUGGGGUUAUUUAAGAAAAAAAUUAUACAAAAUUAUUGCAACCAAUAGAAUGUUAUAUAUGUGGGGGAUACAACCAUCCCAGCUCUGCAGAUUUUACUGCGAAGAGACAGAAUCAUUAGAUCAUUUGUUAUGAAACUGUCCAUUUGUAGCUUGUUUUUGGUCGCAGGUAAAGGAAUGGCUGAAGAAUUGCAACAUUUACCUGGAGUUAACUCUGCAAAUAGCACUGCUGGGUGAUCUGAAAAGUCAUAGUCAAUUGAUCAAUAAUAUAAUAAUACUUUAAUUUACAAUCUGUAGAAACUAUGAGAAUAGAAAGGUUCAGAACUUUUGUGAAACAUCACAGCACAGGUGAAAAAUAUAUGGCAAAUAGAAGACUGGAUAGUGUUCAGAGAUAGAUGGGUGGAACUAAAAAAGGGUGGAACUAAAAACGUAAAAUGUAUAAAGUGUAUAUAUAAGCUGGAAGUAGAAGCCUAAGUGUUGUUGUCCAUUAGUUUACUCCAAUUAGGGGAGGGGUGAUAGGGUUAGGGGGAAAUAAUAAAUAAAAUAAAAAUUGUAUAUAUUUAUUUAAAAAUAUAUAUAUUAAAAAAAAAUUAUAUAUAUAUAUAUAUAUGGGGGAUUGGAAAUCAUGCAGACAAUUACAUCGAUAGAAGCCGCAAUCUAUUUGCAAUGUUAAAGCUGAUCAAUUAUUAGCCAAGGAACCUAUUCAUCAAAGUUUUCUAAAUGGUCUACUUGUGAGACUUUUGCUGGAGAAAUGCGACGCGUAAAGACCUAUACAGUGAGGGGAAAAAAGUAUUUGAUCCCCUGCUGAUUUUGUAUGUUUGCCCACUGACAAAGACAUGAUCAGUCUAUAAUUUUAAUGGUAGGUUUAUUUGAACAGUGAGAGACAGAAUAACAACAAAAAAAUCCAGAAAAACGCAUGUCACAAAUGUUAUAAAUUGAUUUGCAUUUUAAUGAGGGAAAUAAGUAUUUGACCCCUCUGCAAAACAUGACUUAGUACUUGGUGGCAAAACCCUUGUUGGCAAUCACAAAGGUCAGACGUUUCUUGUAGUUGGCCACCAGGUUUGCACACAUCUCAGGAGGGAUUUUGUCCCACUCCUCUUUGCAGAUCUUCUGCAAGUCAUUAAGGUUUCGAGGCUGACGUUUGGCAACUGAAACCUUCAGCUCCCUCCACAGAUUUUCUAUGGGAUUAAGGUCUGGAGACUGGCUAGGCCACUCCAGGACCUUAAUGUGCUUCUUCUUGAGCCACUCCUUUGUUGCCUUGGCCGUGUGUUUUGGGUAAUUGUCAUGCUGGAAUACCCAUCCACGACCCAUUUUCAAUGCCCUGGCUGAGGGAAGGAGGUUCUCACCCAAGAUUUGACGGUACAUGGGCCACGUCCAUCGUCCCUUUGAUGCGGUGAAGUUCUCCUGUCCCCUUAGCAGAAAAACACCCUAAAGCAUAAUGUUUCCACCUCCAUGUUUGACGGUGGGGAUGGUGUUCUUGGGGUCAUAGGCAGCAUUCCUCCUCCUCCAAACAUGGCGAGUUGAGUUGAUGCCAAAGAGCUCGAUUUUGGUCUCAUCUGACCACAACACUUUCACCCAGUUCUCCUCUGAAUCAUUCAGAUGUUCAUUGGCAAACUUCAGAAGGGCCUGUAUAUGUGCUUUCUUGAGCAGGGGGAUCUUGCGGGCGCUGCAGGAUUUCAGUCCUUCACGGCGUAGUGUGUUACCAAUUGUUUUCUUGGUGACUAUGGUCCCAGCUGCCUUGAGAUCAUUGACAAGAUCCUCCCGUGUAGUUCUGGGCUGAUUCCUCACCGUUCUCAUGAUCAUUGCAACUCCACGAGGUGAGAUCUUUAAUGGAGCCCCAGGCCGAGGGAGAUUGACAGUUCUUUUGUGUUUCUUCCAUUUGCGAAUAAUCGCACCAACUGUUUUCACCUUCUCACCAAGCUGCUUGGCGAUGGUCUUGUAGCCAAAUUCCAGCCUUGUGUAGGUCUACAAUCUUGUCUCUGACAUCCUUUGAGAGCUCUUUGGUCUUGGCCAUGGUGGAGAGUUUUGAAUCUGAUUGAUUGAUUGCUUCUGUGGACAGGUGUCUUUUAUACAGGUAACAAGCUGAGAUUAGGAGCACUCCCUUUAAGAGUGUGCUCCUAAUCUCAGCUCGUUACCUGUAUAAAAGACACCUGGGAGCCAGAAAUCCUUCUGAUUGAGAGGGGGUCAAAUACUUAUUUCCCUCAUUUAAAAUGCAAAUCAAUUUAUAACAUUUUUGACAUGCGUUUUUCAGGAUUUUGUUGUUGUUAUUCUGUCUCUCACUGUUCAAAUAAACCUACCAUUAAAAUUAUAGACAAUUUUUUUGUCAGUGGGCAAACGUACAAAAUCAGCAGGGGAUCAAAUACUUUUUUCCCUCACUGUACUAGUUGAAGCCAAUUACAAUGUUGACUGUUAACAUUCCAAACCUAUUGAGCAAACACUGGAUGUUUUUUUUUUUACUGUUGCUAUCAAUUGUUACUGUAGCCUAUGCUAUUUAAUAUACUGUAGUAUCAAUCCACAAUUGACUAGGAUGAGAAUAUUCCAUGCCCCCAGCCGGAUUAAGACCGUCAAUAACCUACAGAACUUAAAGCAACUGCAUGCAGUAUUAAGAUAUGGAAUGCCUUGAUUGGCCAGUGAGUGGCAAAGCCCUCAUCAGACUUACAACUUGUUUAUUCAUCAAAACCCAGCCCUUUCGCACUACCGCCAGCUAUUGCGCUCAUAAUAACAGCUGUGAAAAUAGCAAAAAUAUUUCGGACACACCCCCGGACCUACAUGUACAGCACUACCACCAGCACUUAGAUUGACCUUUGGUUUGUUAAAAUAGAGCCCUUAAUGUUGGUGUUUUAUAUCUAGUUAUACAGAGACCGGCUGUGCGAAGGUUUUCCAGGUGUAUAACAUGUUCACUUUCUGUCACCCUGUCUCCUCUUCAGGAAACACAGUAGGGUCCAGCACAGCAGCAGCCGCCUCUCUCCACUGCCUUCCCCGCACCGCCCUCAAGUGCCAAAAGAAGUCAGUGUCUCCUUAGAGGCUAGUGUGCUAUAUGGCACUUUGUGGAACUGUCUGUAUCUAUCUGACAGCUAACCCAGCAUGUUUUCAUAUAGGACGAUUAGAACAUUAAAUAUAGUGCCUAGAACAGUGUUAAUAAUUGAGUACAAUGAAUAACUAACUAAUCCAUAACACAAAAACUCAAUUUCCUUUUUUAACUGUUAAAUAUAACCUUUAUCCCUCUUUCUCUCUCCUCUCUCCUCUCUCCUCUCCUCUCCGUACUCCACAGAGUGUGAGCCGUGCUCCAGGAGACGUAGUGGGAGUGGACUCUCCUCCCCACCGUCACUGGAAGGAGUCCGUGUUGGUGAGCGCUGAAGACCCAUCGGCCCUGCGGACCAGAGGCAGCCCCUCCAGCCAGAGGAAUGGGGCACACAGCGAGGACAGGCCAGGCCCCGGGGCAGAACCAGGCCCAGCCAGGCAGCCCCACCCAGAACAUCUGAACACAGGUCCAGCCUCCCGGGGCGCUAAGGGCAGCAGCUCCUCCAUCCCCUACAUUGACUGCAGUGAUAUAGAUAGUGAAUACGACGUGGCCAAGGGCCGGGUUACCAGGUGUCACCCUAAUGACAGCUAUGGGGAUGAGGUGGCGGGCCCCCGCCGUGGCAGUAUAAACGAUCGGGAACUGGUUCUGGGUAGGAUGAGGUACAUGGAGUCCCCUCCCUCCCCUAAACCCCCCCUCAAUAUGAGCCGGGCAUUAGAUGAGUCGGCCAACCUGUCGUUCUUCGGCGGUGGUCCGCCCCGUGGCCCCAUCCAUAGCACUAUGAUGGAGGAGUUGGGGGGUCGUGGUAUUGGGGACCAGCGUAGCAGCAGCCCCCUGAUGGUCCGCCAUAUGUUAGGCUCUAAGAGCACCACAUCAAGCCCCGUUAUGAGCACCUUCCACCGGACAGGUUCGCUCAGCCACACCGAGCAGAACGGCUAUGGCUCCCGGCCCCCGCGCUGGGACGACCCGGGUCAUGGGGGCUUUAAUGCCCCGGGGGGCCCUGGGGGCCCCCGAGAUGAGGGCCAGGCCCCUUCCCACUAUGGCAGCUACUCGCCCAUCAUGGCCCGCUCGCCACACUUACAGAAGCUCCACAACAUGCGUAACCGCUCUGACACUGACCCCUUCGUCCUGAGCCAGCAGCAGGCCACCUCCACGCCCUCCCACGAUCCCCGACCUGUCAUCUCCCGCAAAGAGCGCAUGGCUGCUCUGGAGCGCCGCAUGAUGGCCAAUGGCCUGUCUGCCCCCGGCCAGCCCAAGCCCAGUCCCUUACAGAAGCUGUACAGCCGGGGUGGUGUAGACCACGUAGGGGCUGUUCAAAUGAUUGACGGCUCCACCAGCAGUGGCACAGAGUCCAGUGACUCGGAGACCGAGACCACCACAGGCAGCUCCAGCAGCCACCCGCUGACCUAUGGUAACCCCAUGGCCAUGGGGGUCAACUCCUCCCCCAUGCCCAGGAACAAAUACUCCUUCGGUAGCCUCCAGCUGGAUGAGGAAUUGGAGGAGGAUGGCUGCCUUAAUUUUAGUGACGAGGAUGGGGCUCAGGUGUUCAGCUGUUAGGCUAGCCUAGAGUAAAAAAGUCCAGAGACCUGCCUUGUAGGCAGGGUGACUUUGGGUCUGAGAGGAGAUGGGAUGGUUAGCGUGGUAGAUGGUGAUAGUAUGCUUAACCAUGAGCCAGCCUGACAGUCUGUUUCCCACUGGGUUGCUCUGCCCUUUAACUGAGGCAGAGAGGGAUGAAGGCUCUCUCUGUUCUCUUCCACCCUUAGGGGGUUAACCUUUCAUGUCUUCUCGGAUUGUAUUGGUGUCUCUGCACACACCAGGUGGUUCUCAAUUAGAGAUAUGAUUGUUUUCUAGUGCCAAGUCCUUUGAACAAACACUGCAUGAAUGAAUGCAGUGGUCGGUGAGGGUUGCAAACACCCUGAUGCUCUGUUGUAGCUGAACAUUUGGGAUGAAGUCGAGGGAAUAUUGUUUCACACUCCGUCUACAAUAAUGCAUUGUAGGGUUUAUUGAUUGUCGGAGGGUUCCAAUGCUCUGUCUAAUGCCGUCAUGUGUCUUCAUAUAACACAGGGAUGGGCAACUCCAGUCCUCGGGGGCCUGAUUGGUGUCACACUUUUGCCCCAGCCCCAGCUAACAUAUCUGACUCCAAUAAUCAACUAAUCAUGAUCUUCAGUUUAGAAUGCAAUUAGUUUAAUCAGCUGUGUUUGCUAGGAAUGGGGAGAAAAGUGCGACACCACUCCAGCCCGAGGACUGGAGUUGCCCAUCGCUGAUAUAACAUAUCCAUUCUGUAAAUUGACAAUAUGUUGUGAUUUGGAUAGCAUGUCGAUGGGGGAGUUGGUCUACGUUUUAUACAGUACUGUAUAUGCACUUGUAUUGCUUUUGUAAUCGUUAUGAUCAUAUCUGUAGACUUUUGUGAAAAAUUGGUUGGUGUUGAAUAUACUGUAUCUAGAAAUAGAGGAGACAGACAGGCAGUUUCCUGUAAUGUUCUAUGUUAAUGUUCUAUGUCUAUGUGAUUAAUUGUUGAUAUUUAGGGAGUUGCUUAGGAGAACACAAGAGUAUUGAGUAUACAUGCAUGUACUGUACAUGCGGUCGGUAUCUAAUUGUUGUCCAUAGUGAUAGAAGUAGGUCAUGUCUUUGUUGGGUGCUGAGAAGGCUUCCAGUUCGUCUGCAGCACGUCCCAACUCCUGAUUUUGAUAUUCAAUAUGUUUACAGUAACCUGUCUUCUGUACAAAUGAUCAACGGAUUGAAAUUCAACUAACUACUGUUGACUGGUGUUAGAAAUAGGCAAACAGAGCCACAAUCAUUUUUCAUAGACAUAGUUUGUUCUGGGGAACAUCCGUUUAAUGAAGAAACGUUAUUUAAAAGACUUGACAUACCAGCAGAUAUCCAUACCCAGUUAGUACUAUUGGACAGUGCUAGUACUAGUUGUCCAGAAAAGCAGUUGACUGGUUUUAGGCAUGUUUUUAUUAGACCUAAGAGAGAGUGUGUGAGAGAGACCUCUGUGAAAGUGAUACAGGUGUUGUGAUGCAGGUAUAAUAUGGCUCUGAUGCCCACUGUUGGCAUCUCUUCUUCUCCUUGUCUACCUAAACAUCUCUUGUAAGCGUUCAUUCUCUAUUGUUCAGCAAACUCCAGGGGUCUACUUAUCUCACUGAUUUGUUCUUUUCCCCCAGCAUUGCAAAGUUCCCUAACAAAAUUACUCUGCACUUUUGUGUUUAUUUGUUAUUUGUUUUCUUGCUGUCCCCGAUUUUCUUUCUUUUGCUUCAUUCUCCUUGUCUUUUGUUGGCAUUUCUUUGCGGUGUAUUAUUUUGAUUAAGGAUUUAUUGACCUUAUAUCACAAUGCUUUUUUUUUCUUCAAAUUUCCUUGUCCAAUUGAAACACUGUUCUGUCAGCAUGCAACACUUACGGGGUUAAGUCUCACCUUACCUCUAUGUUCCUGCUCUGGAAGCAUGUUAACCUGUUCCUGUACUGUCCUGAUGUUUUGCUGUUCUGUAACUGACUGUGUAAAAAGAAAAGGGGUUAAACUGGGUCUCCUUUACUGCAGUGGUCCCGGUAACUGUCAGCAGAGCGUACAGAGGACUAGAAUAUAGGACUGGAGAAUUGAGAAAUUACUUUGUUCAGGAUGACAGGAACCAGGGAAUAAGCAGGGAACAUGGAGGCAGGUUUCAGUAUGUGCUGCAUGUUAUGUGUCUGAAAGGCAAUUUAAGGGAAGCGUCUCAAAGUCUCUCAGCUCAUCCAUCAAUGCCAUGGGCUUCUGUUAGUGUAGGCUCUUUGAGACGCUUUUAACUUGGACUUUAUCCCUGUGUAUAUAGUAUUUAUUAUCUAUCGUGUCAUUUUAUGAUAUUGGUCCUAUUUAUUAACAUGGUCCAAAAUUAAUAUAAACUGCAACUUACCCGAUUUAUUGAUGACUUCCAGGUUAAGUGUGAGAGGGAACAGUAUGAGAGUAGUGUUGGUCACUGGAUCACUGCAGGCAAAGAGAACCCUGUCAGGUACACCAAGCACUGUCUUAUGGAUCUGUGGUGUUGGGCUGUUGCACACAACUGAUAUUUUGAGUCAUGAUCUGUAUUAGAUACUAACACAUUCACUAUACCUAAUCUAUAGUAAUAUAUUGUGUGCCAGUCUUAAACGCAUGGCUCUAUAGGCCAGGCUUGUGUGUGCUAGUCUCAACCGCGCUUGGUUCCAUUGCAUGUCCAAGAAGCUAACCCAGGGCUCAGGCAUGAUGUUGAUGCUUUCUUGCCCUGGCUGUUUCUCUAUGUAUGUACCCUCACCUCACUCUCUCACUCCUACUUACUGGAACAUUUCACCAGGCAGAUAUCACUCACAUCAGACAAGACAGUAGCACUUUCAGCAGCAGGGUAUGAUUUGAUCCAUCUGAGACUGCUAUUUGCAUUACGUUGAUGAUUACUGCUCACCCAUUAAACUUAGAUUAAAGUUCAAUUUUACAACGAGUAGACACAAAAUGCACUUCUUCUGCAGAUUGUGCUACUCCUACGAUUGACAGAAUUGAUUUGUAUAAUAUAGCUUGAGUGUACAAUCGGUAUGCUCCCUCUAAAGCAACUGAUUUUAACAAAAAUAUAUUAAUAAAGUGAUAUCAGUAGUAAUACUGCAAUAGAGAGAUUAUUCAUGGAGGACUUUGUGCUUUGUGACAACUACAGUACUAUGAGACCCAGAAUAUGCUAGUUAUAAAUUCCGACUUUACUUGCUGCUCUUUCCCUAUCUCUCUCUCUCUCUCACUCACUCACACUCUCUCUUACUCACUUCCAUAACACUUUGUUUGCUACGGUCGCGUGUUGAUGUUCCUUUGACACUCACUGGGCUCUGAUACCGAUUUUACCAGCUCUUCUCUUUCCGAGAGACUUUCUACACUUUUUAACAUUGUAUACAGUUGUGCACUAGUGUCAAUAAAGUUGACCUUUAUGAAGUGGGACUCCAGAAUCUUCUUUUAUAAAGACCCUCGACAUUGUCUCGUGACCGUUUUAGAUGCUAGUCCCCUCCUCAUCCUCCUGUCGUGUCGUAGAUGUAGCAUAGCUCUGUUAAAUGUCUGUAUGUAUAUGUGCUAUAUACACUCAUUUGUGUGUGUCUCGUGGCUGUGUUUAUGUAGUGCGUGUUUGGUAUUCCGUGGUGCUUGUUGUCACAGCUGUCCCCUCCAUUGUAGAAUGUAGUAUCAUGGUGUCUAUCAGAUGUUCACCGGAGAUGUUGCUGGUUUAAUCAUUGUUCUGUUCAUGCCAACGUGGUGCUAUCAGAGGACAGGAGGCAGUAGUGGGCAAGUAUGCAAUCAAGUGUCCCUAGUGAACAUCCUAGUGGCAGUGUAGUUGAUUUAGGUAAGCGAUUCCACUCAAUCAUAAUACUGUUUUCAACCCAACAGCAGCAUAAUCCUGAUGGUAUAAUGCUGAAAUGGCAGACAUUACAGAGAGAGAAGAGCACUAGAGAUGUCUGGGCAGCAGAGUGAGUCAUAGGUGACUCUUGUCUGGAUGCAUGUAGCUACAGUAACUAGCUACAGGCCAGGCACAUCCCCCAUUAGCUCUCAUUAUUAUCCCUGGGACAUGCUGAAAGAUAUUUAUGGCUGUAAUUUAACUUUUUCAUCUCUAACUCUCUUUUUAUUUUCUCAUCCACUUCUCCAUCGCUACACAGGAGUGGUGUCCAACAGCCCUCAUCUCUCCGCCUCCUCCGGUAACUCCCAGGGCAUGGUCAAUGGUCAGAAGCCGGUCGAGCUCUGUGGUCACAGUCCGGACGGUCGGCAGCCCUCCCCCCUCACCAGCCCCCUGCUCAACGACGCCGGAAGCGUGCGCACCGACGAUGAAGACGAGGUUCGGAGGAAGGUUUGUGGUCCAGAGAGGGCCCCCUGUAAAAGGAUUAUAACUAGAGAGGGAUUGUUGUCAUUUGCUGUGUGGACGUCAUUGUGGUUUCUCCAGUUAACAUAACCAGCUUCCAAGAGGCUACAAUCACAUAGUCCCUAAAAUAGCAGAGGACCCAGAUUACCUGGCCUAAAUAACUAUCCACAGGGACCAGUGCUGUGAAGACUGUACAAAAUAUGAUGUACUGUAAAUGGGCUACAUGUCUUAACACUGGAAUUGAUUACACAAAAUGUGGAAAAAUACCCAAGACACAGUCUACAGCUUACUGUAUUAAUAGUGUUGUCUCUGCUCAGAUAAAACACUCUGUCCUCUUCCUUUCACAGAGGUUCCCUACCGACAAGGCCUACUUUAUUGCCAAGGAGCUGCUGACCACAGAAAGGACCUAUCUGAAGGACCUGGAGGUCGUGACUGUGGUAAGGCCCAUCACCAGAUAGAUUCCUCCGCUCUUUCAGGGACUCAACACUGCUCUUUUGUUUACUUUCUCCCAUGCUGUCCUCCGGGCAGAAAACAUUGAUUAUUCCGGCUAGCUGCUUUACAACAGAGCAUACGGCAAACACACAGGGAGCCAUGCAGUGGUUGUGGGGGUGGGAGAUGUUUUUUGGCAGGUGGGAAAAUACUCUGAGAAUGCUAUGAAAUGUAUUAAUCUGUUUAUCUCACCCAAGGCUGUGAAUGUGAAUGUGCAAUGAGAUCCACAGCCUUGAAUGUCCCUGCUUAAUGUUGGGCUGUCAUCCUAUUUUAGUCAUUUCAUUUUGGCUCCCACUCUCUCAAGGGAGAUGCUGAUAUUAAAAGAAAGGGACAUCUCCUUCCAGUAUAUUGCAAUCAGUGAAGGAAGUUGCCGUGAGUGUAGGUUUCAAGUUUUAUUAGUCCUAUGUACGGGAUACACAUGGUAUACACCGUCCAACGAAAUGCUUACUUGCAGGUUCCUUCUCGACAAUGCAACAGCAAUAAGAAAUAAUAAAAGAUUAGAAUAUGAACAUAAAGUAAGUGGCCCAGUAGAAUAGAAUAAACAUUUUAGUAUAAGUAUAAUAUAGGAAGGCACAAUUUAUAGUCCAAUAUUUACACGUCUUUUGGGGAAGGGGGGGAUUGGGGGGUAAGUGUUUAAGUUGUGCAGUAUGUAGCAAACAGUAUUCACCCUGUGACUAUGAUGUGGUUGUAGCAUUGCUGACAGAUGCUGAGAGAGAGACUGCAGAACCACUCUUCUCUCGCUGUUUAUAUGGGCUGCGGCGCUUCUGGUCUUCUCUGAUGCUUAGAGAAGCCUUUUAUACUUCUCAUAAACAUUUGUCUUGGCUGCUCUCCGCUUUCUCUUUCGGUCACUGUCUCUUUUUCUCUCUCACCCGCUCUCUUUAUUUUUCUUCUUCAUCUCCACCCUCCCAAUUGGCUUGUGUUGUUAUGAGUAAAGUCAUCUGAGAAACAGCUGCUGCCUACUGUCUGCUUUCCAAGGCCUUUCAGCAGCACCCUGCUGCACCUCCUCUAAACCCUGCUCCUCUCCUGGCUACAGUGCCUUCAGAGAGUAUUCACACCUCUUGACUUUUUCCACAUUUUGUUGUGUUACAGCCUGAUUUUAAAAUUGAUUAAAUUGAGAUUUUGUGUCACUGGCCUACACACAAAACCACAAAAACCAGGGAUGUUUUCCAAUGUCUCGCAAAAAAGGGCACCUAUUGGUAGAUAGGUAAAAAUAAAAACAAUCUGACAUUGAUAUCCCUUUGAGCAGAGAAGUUAUUAAUUACACUUUGGAUGGUGUAUUAAUACACCCAGUCACUACAAAGAUAUAGGUGUCCUUCCUAACUCAGUUGCAGGAGAGAAAGGAAACCACUCGGAUAUUUCACCAUGAGGCCAAUGAUGACUUUAAAGCAGAAAUCUGAGGAUGGAUCAACAACAUUGUAGUUACUCCACAAUACUAACAUAAAUUACAGAGUGAAAAGAAGGAAGCCUGUACAGAACAAAAAUAUUCCAAAACAUGCAUCAUGUGUCAAAGAAAUAAACUCUUUGUCCUGAAUACAAGCGUUAUGUUUGGGGCAAAACUAACAACAUAUCACUGAGUACCACUCUUCAUAUUUUCAAGCAUGGUGGUGGCUGCAUCAUGUUAUGGGAAUGCUUAGUCAUUUUGGGGGAUAAAAAGAAACAGAAUAGAGCUAAGCACAGUCAAAAUCCUAGAGGAAAACUUGGUUCAGUCUGCUUUCCAACAGACACUGGGAGACAAAUUCACCUUUCAGCAGGACAAUUACCUAAAAUACAAGGCCAAAUAUACAGUGCCUUCAGAAAGUAUUCAUACCAGUUGACUUAUUCCACGUUUUGUUGUUACACCCUGAAUUCAAAAUUUAUUAAAUUGAUUAUUUUUUCACAUCCAUCUACACACAAUACCCCAAAAUGAAAAAGUUAAAACAUGUUUUAGACAUUUUUGCAGAUGUAUUGAAAAUAAAAUAUAGAAAUAUCUCAUUUACAGAAGUAUUCACACCCCAGAGUCAAUACAUGACAGAAUCACCUUUGGCAGUGAUUACAACUGUGAGUCUUUCUGAGUAAGCCUCUAAGAGACUGGAUUGUACAAUAUUUGCCAUUAUCUUUUUCAAAAUUCUUCAAGCUCUGUCAAAUUGGUUGUUGCUCAUUGCUAGACAACCAUUCUCAAGUCUUGCCAUAGAUUUUCAAGUAGAUUUAAGUCAAAACUGUAACUCAGCCAUUCAGGAACAUUCACUGUCUUCUUGGUAAGCAACUCCAGUGUAGAUUUGGCAUUGUGUUUUAGGUUAUUGUCCUGCUGAAAGGUGAAUUAAUCUCCCAGUGUCUGGUAGAAAGCAGACUGAACCAGGUUUUCCUCUAGGAUUCUGCCUGUGCAUAUUAGCAUAAUUCCAUUCAAUUUAUUUUUUAUCCUGUAAAACUCCUCAGUCCUUAAUGAUUACAAGCAUACCCAAAACAUGAUGCAGACACCACUGUGCUUGAAAAUAUGGAGAGUGGUACUCAGUAAUGUUUGGGCAAAUCCAAAAUCCAAUACAACACAUAACACACAAAGUUAAUUGUUUGCCACAUUUUUUGCAGUAUUACUUUAGUGCCUUGUUGCAAACAGGAUGCAUGUUUUUAGAAUAUUUUUAUUCUGUACAGGCUUCCCUUGUUUCACUCUUUAAAUUAGGUAACUACAAUGUUGUUGAUCCAUCCUCAGUUUUCUCCUUUCACAGUCAUUAAACUCUAACUGUUUUAAAGUCACCAUUGGCUUCCAUUGGCCUCAUGCAUUACUUUUGACCAGAGAACUAUGGGCAUAUAUAUAGUGCACUAUAUUGGGAAUAGGGUGUCAUAUGGGAUGCAUACCAGCUAAACCAGCCCCCACCACCUCCAACUCCACCACCCCAAAUCACAUCAGGCUAUAGCUUCCCUUUUAUCUGAUCAGGUAGCCUUUAAUGAAAGACUCCCCCUGGGUCUUGUCAGGAAUGAUGGGCUAUUGAUUCCUCCAUUUCCUCCAUUAAUCUCCAGGUCGAUUCCUCCAUUCAUCUCCAGGUCGUUAAAGGAUUUGAUGGAAGUCAUGAGGCCAACUGUGAUUGUUGCUAAACAACAGCACAGAGGUCUUUUGGCAGCAGCACAUCAGGCAGAUUCUAAUGCAAGCCAAGCAGAUGAACUCCUAAUUCACCAGAAACAUUGCAUUUCACCUCAUUUGGCUACUGGCAAUUGCGAACGUCACGAUUUGCACAAUAAAGAGUGUGCACUGUGCUCUAAUGCAGAACUCUCUCUUUCUCUCUCUCUCUCUCUCUCUCUCUCUCUCUCUCUCUCUCUCUCUCUCUCUGUGUAUGUAUGUGUCCAUUAUGUGUGUGUGUGUGUGUGUGUGUGUGUGUGUGUGUGUGUGUGUGUGUGUGUGUCCAUUAUGUGCGUCAUCCCAGUCUUUUCAGAACUCAGUGGGUAAAGAUGAAGCUGCGCCGGACUCCCUGAAGAGCACCAUCUUCUCCAACUUUGACCCUCUGUACAAGUUCCACUCCGGCUUCCUCAGAGAGGUGGAGCAGAGGCUGGCUCUAUGGUGAGAUGGCAUGAAAGGCCAUGUACCUCACUGGAUGACUAUAAUCCAUCACAAUGAUACAUCUCUUUUAUAGUUCAGGCCAUUUUUCUUAAAAUUUCACUGCACUUAGCCUCGUUUUGUGUUGUCCCCUUAGAAGAAGAACACAGUUGGGGUAUGUCAUUUUGAAUUGGGCUCAUUGAUCCUGGGGCCUGGUCUUUGUCUAAUGAGCAGUAUUGACAUUCAGUCUGGGAGGCCUCAUCACAGAGACGCACCUCCUCCCAUGGAUGACCCGGGGAGCUGGGGUUUCUAUGGCAACAGUCGUGCUGCAUCAAGCCACUACUUCUCCUAGCCCGUGGAUUUUUCCACUGUCUGCUCCUCUUAAUGAUGUGGUCCCUACAUCAGAGCUACCCCGUGGUGACACACAGAUCCCCGGCAGGCAGACUGUCACUGCUACAGACUUCAUACUGUAGUGAUCAGCAUCACAUGUCCAGACUUACUACAAGACCAAACAACAGAGAAAGAGGCAGACCUCCAAGCGAGAUCUGACUGUUUUCUCUCAAAACAUGGCCGACCUCUGGCGUGGCUAAGGCCCCAAAGGCAAAUCAGCAGACCAAAUACAAAGCACAGAUACAUGUAGCUGGCUAUCUUGUUUUCCGUUUUACAUAUUUAAAUGUGACGUAUGGUUGACUUAUUUUAGCCCUCUCCUGACUGUUGACCAUGGAUUUAGAUCUGGUAGAGGGUUUUGUCAGUGAAGAGGGGUUGCAUCUCAGAGGCUUGACAUUCAGAAUGACCUUUCUGGGCUUGGACUACUCUCUCCAUAAUGUAUUGGUUCAUAUUUUGAAUGAACAAGCAUGGAGAAAGGUCAGUCCGCAUGGUGCUAUAUAUAGCCGUCAACUGCAAUUCAUGCUCAAGGUAGACACCUGCUUGCGGUUUUCAGCAGUGCAGUCAAACGAUACUCAUUUCACUUGAACGCCAUUUAAAUUUCCUUGUGUGAGUGUUGGAGCUCACAUGAAUAUGAAAUAUGGCUUUUAAGUGGCUUUAAGUGCUUAAAAUUCCUCUGAUGUCCACAACAGAAAUCUCUCAGCACACACCCUAGCACUAAACUGUUCCAGAGAGAUAAAGUUGCUGAUGUUUAAUUUUUUAUAGGGAAGGGCGCUCCAAUGCCCACAUCAAAGGAGAUUACCAGCGCAUCGGUGAUGUCAUGCUGAAGAAUCUACAGGGCCUAAAGGUAUUGACAUACAUUAUAUAUUUUUUACUGCAGCUUUUUCUUGCACUUUUUAUAAAAUUCACUUUGUAUCUGCACCACUCCCAUGACCAAAUGUAUGCUGACUUGUGCAAACUGUGCCGUACAUUGCUCCAGGGGCGUUGUUCUGCGGCUGACCCUGUGCUGCCCCUAGCCUGUUGUGCUUGUGUAUUUGAUAUGUCUGUGCAAAUGGCCAAUAAAGAUCUAUUCUACUCUACCCUACUCUAUUCUAGCCGCUGACCGCCCACCUCCAGAAGCACUCGGAGGCCCUGGUGGAGCUAGAGAAGGCGUGCCGGGGCUCCCGGCGGCUGGAAGUGCUGGUCCGGGACUUUGAGCUGCAGAAGGUGUGCUACAUCCCCCUCAACGUGUUCAUCCUCAGGCCCCUGCACCGCCUCUUGCAUUACAAGCAGAUCCUGGAGCGCCUGUGCAAACACUACCCCCCCACACAUGUGGAUUUCAGGGACUGCAGAGGUAACUGUUACUGUUCUGUACCCGUUAGGACUCUCAGAGGCUGGCUAGCUAGGGCCCCCUGGUGCAGUUGAGGUCUAUGACAUCACAUACUGAGUGUUGUUGUGUCCUCUCCUGUAGCUGCGCUGGCAGACGUGUCAGAGGUGGUGGCCCAGCUCCAUGGCAGCAUGAUCAAGAUGGAGAACUUCCAGAAGCUGCUGGAGCUUAAGAAGGAUUUGAUUGGCAUCGACAAUCUAGUCACUCCAGGGCGGGUAAGUUCAAGAAGACAUCUGGUUGAGUCCCAAAUGGCACCCUAUUCCCUAUAUAGUGCACAACCUUUGACCAGGACACAGGGCCCUGGUCAAAAGUAGUGCACUAUGGAAGGAAUAGGGUGCCAUUUGGGACUUGUUCCCAUAUCAACAGUUUGUAACUUGAGAGUAGCCAUUUUGAAGAACUAAUUUAUUUUAUCCAUUUUUUUUUUUUUAAUCUUUCCCUGAGAUAUUGUGAUUUGAAUUUGUUGUGAUUUGUGUUUUUCAGGAGUUCAUCAGGUUAGGCUGUCUCAGCAAGCUGUCUGGAAAAGGCCUCCAGCAACGAAUGUUUUUCCUGGUAAUGUCUGCAAUGCAUCUGAGAUGUCAUCAUGAAUGAGUUAUUAAACAGAUUAUUCAGUCUAGUGAUCUCACAAGAUAGACAGCUAUGAAAAGUAGAGCUCUAUGUUUAACCUCCCCAGUAUGAAUGACUUUGUACAAAAUGCCUCAAAGAAGAUGGCUUCCUUAUCUUUCUACACAGCUGUUUACUGUUCUUGAGCCAGUGUCCCUAUUUGUUGUUGUAGGGCAUCUAAUAAGACCAAGACGAAUCUGAAUCAUGAUUAAUGUUAGAAACAGAUUGAAGUCAUCCCUCGACUCGAAUGUUCUAGGGCUGUUGAAACAGGUGUAUCCCAACAGAGCUAAUUUAUUAACCGAGCCACAAACAAUCGUUCAGUGUUCUUUGUGUGAAGUAAAUAAAUGAGGUUGGUUUAGCUAUUAAUAACCAGUUAAUGAUUGCCUUCACUGUUCUCUUGUUCUCUGGUGACAGUUCAAUGAUGUCCUCUUGUACACAAGUCGAGGGAUGACUGCAACGAACCAGUUCAAAGUGCAUGGGCAGCUCCUUCUCCAUGGCAUGACAGUAAGUGACUUCUUCUUUCACCUUUUCUUACCCUCCCACUUGUGCCCUCGCGUGGAGUGCAGCUCAGUAGAAAACAGUAUCUGUCACAAGUUUGUAAUUACUUACUGUAAAUAAACUGCAGUGCCACUGUAACUCCCCUACCAUCUGUGUCUCUUUUUUAAUUCCCCCAUCAUCGCUCUCUCCCUGUCCCCCUUUUUCUCUCUCCCGCUCACGCACACGCAGUCCCUCUCUCCCACAAGCAGAUUUGUCCUCUCAUGCCCCAUGUGUUGACUGACUGUGUCUGUGUGUCCCCAGAUCCAGGAGAGCGAGGAUGAGUGGGGUGUGCCUCACGCCUUCACCCUGGUUGGGCAGCGUCAGUCAGUGGUGGUAGCGGCUAGGUGAGUCUUUGGUCCGAACUCAGAACGAGCUAGGCUAUUGGGUAGUCGGUCAACAGAUGCCAACAAUAGGCGUACAGGGAUGUGUGUGUUCAUGUUUGCUCUGGUAUGAAUAAAGUGGUCGGUAUUCAGAAUAAAGUGGUUGGUGAAUCAGCAGGCGACCGUUCCCCUCAGCAGCAGAGUCAACAGUAAGGCAUUUGUCUAAUCACAAGGACGCAUUCAUUAUUUAUACAGCACACUUGGUCAUAAAAAUAACUGCAUUCAAUAUUUAUCAGGUCAAGCCCAGCACUGGUGAAAAAACUUUUUUAUUUUUGUCUGUUGUGUUCAUACAGUAGUACCCAGUAUGUCCGGCUUGAGCAGCUGUGCAUUUAUCUCUCUCUCUCUCUCUCUCUCUCUCCCCACCCCUCUCUCUCUCCCUCUCUUUCUCUCUUUCACUUUAUCUCCCCCUCCCCCCUCCAGUUCCUUGUCAGAGAUGGAGAAGUGGAUGGAGGACAUUAAGAUGGCCAUUGACUUGGCAGAGACCAGCAACGGCCAUACAUCUGACCUGCUGGCCAGAAGUCUGACUGAUAACAGUAAGUUGGCACAGACGGACACUGAUACUGCAGUGCACAGACUUUAGAGCAUGGGCAUUGGGCAUGCCAUAUGGAAAAACUAGUAAUGUAUCCAAGAAUCAUCCAACCCGAUGAGUUAUUGCUGAAUUCUCCUCGCACUGUUCCGUCAAUGCACAGACAGUUGGUACUCUUCUAGAAACUUCAGAGCCAGAAUGGGCCAACCUAUAAAUAUGCAAUGAGCUUGAAUAGCUCAAAUACAAUGCUUCAAAUUGAUGGUUUAGAAAGCAUUGAUUGAAAUUAUUUUCCAAAUUAUUUUAUACAGCCUGUCUGCAUGUAUUUACAAACCUAGCCAAUAUGAAGUAUUGUGAUACUAUUUAUCUCAUCAGGUUUUACAGUAGGAUCCGUCUUCCCACGUUGUCAUAGUGUGUAUGUGGAAUUAACCGCUUCCUGAAUUUCCCAGAAUCCCCAACAGAGGACUCCUGUGCGGAGGCGGAGUCUGAGGACGACCUGAUGGCGUCACGCACCUCCCUGGAGAGGCAGACCCCUCACCGUGGUAACACCACGGUGCACGUGUGCUGGCACAGGAACACCAGCGUGUCUAUGGUGGACUUUAGUGUAGCUGUGGAGGUACCACAACCAGUCCUAACAUGUCCUGCUCUGCCCUCCCCUCCCCAACUCUCUCUCUCUCACUGUGUAUCUGAGUGUGUAUCUGUUUCCUCUCCUUAUUUAAUGUGCUUCUCUCCCCUGGGAACAAUGUCCUCCCGUGCCACCCUCUCUCCCUCUGUCCUGUGCUAUUUAGAUAUUAUAUUACCUCAGUGCUUUGUCCCCAAGCUGUUGGCACUCUCUCUUCUGUGAACUGCUACAUAGGACACUCAGCAGGAUGUCAUAGAUGUUUUUCAGUCUUGAACAGCACAUCUCAGUGCAGCUGAGACAGCAUCUACAAGCUGUUUAUUUUCUCUGAUAUGUUCUAUACUGAGCUCAAAGCAGAUCAGACAUUAGCAUGAGGUGGGUGCACUGCAAGGACACUGUUCUCAUCUUGCCCUCUGCGGCUAACUCUUCCGGUGUGGUUUUCUUAUCUAAUCUCUACUGUGGCUGUCCCAUGUGGUUUUGCGCUCCUUUUUUCUCUCCUUCAGAGUCUUUGCCCUGGACUCACCGAUAGCCCCCGUAUUUAUCCCUAGCAGGGCAUGCGUGUGUUUACACCUUCUCAGUCUUUGUGUCUCUGUCCUUUCCUUCCUCCCUCCCUCUCUCUUUCCUGUCUGUCUCUUCUGUGUGUCCGUCUGUCUGUCCUCCGUGGUAGAGGACCCUAGUCCAGUCAGUGACUCAGAGGCCUCCCUCUCGGGGCCCUUGGGGCCCAGCAGUGGCCAGGGCCAGGGACCAGUGCCUCUGUCUCUUAUCUGCUGGUAUCGAGUUCACAGCCUCUCCUUUAGUGAUUCCUGCAGGAGUCUAGAGGUAAAGGAGCCAGGGAGAGAGGAGAGGCCUCCCCAUCGCAUUGUAGCAUUACUGUCAUAUACUAUCACUUUGUAUCUUCUUUGAGGUCAUUGGCGAAAAGUUUAACGCUUUUGUGUAACACUUUUCACUUGUAAAGACCUACAAUGAACUAAAAUAAGUUAGUGGUAGCCUACAAUGAUGGCUCAGUUUACAGUAAAUGCUUUAUAUUACCACUAGAUGGCAGUUGUUCGCUGUGACCAUAGAGGUCGCUGUUAGUUCAGUGACUUUAAACUGUUGCUGGAUGGACCCCAGGAUAGAGAGUCUGUUUAUAGCUGUACUUACCUCAGACAAACCACUGUAGUGAACAGAGGCCCCAGGCUUAAUCACAGUUGGUUUAUUUUCAGAGCUUACAGUGCAGCACACACUGUUCCUUAUACACUAAUAUACAGUGCCUUCAGACAAUAUUCAUACCCCUUGACUUAUUCCACAUUUUGUUGUGUUACAGCCUAAAUGGAUUAAAUCGUUUUUUUUUUCUCACACAUCUACACACAAUAUCCCAUAAUGACAAAGUCAAAACAUGUUUUUAGAAAUUAUUGAACAUUUAUUGAAAAUGAAAUACCGAAAUAUCUCAUUUACAUACAGUACCAGUCAAAAAUACCAGUCAAAAGUUUGGACACACCUACUCAUUCAAGGGUUUUUCUUUAUGUUUACUAUUUUCUACAUUGUAGAAUAAUAGUGAAGACAUCAAAACUAUGAAAUAACACAUAUGGAAUCAUGUAGUAAGCAAAAAGUGUUAAACAAGUCAAAAUAUAUUUUAUAUUUGAGAUUCUUCAAAGAGAUUCUUCAAAUAGCCACUUUCUUGGUUACUACUUGAUCCAUAUGUGUUAUUUCAUAGUUUUGAUGUCUUCACUAUUAUUCUACAAUGUAAAAAAUAAAGAAAAACCCUUGAAUGAGUAGGUGUGUGCUAACUUUUGACUGGUAGUGUAAGUAUUCACACCCCUGAGUCAAUGCAUGUUAGAAUCACCUUUGGCAGCGAUUUAAAGCUAUGAGUCUUUAUGGGGAAGUCUCUCAGAGCUUUGCACACCUGGAUUGUAUAAUAUUUGCACAUUAUUCUUUUUAAAAAUUAUUCAAGCUCUGUCAAGUUGGUUGUUGAUCAUUGCUAGACAGCCAUUUUCAAGUCUUUGCACAGUCAAAACUGUAACAAGGCCACUCAGGAAUAUUCAAUGUCUUCUUGGUAAGCAACUCCAGUGUAUAUUUGGCCUUAUGUUUUAGGUUAUUGUCCUGCUGAAAGGUGAAUAUGUCUCCCAGUGUCUGUUGGAAAGGAGACUGAACCAGGAUUACCUCUAGGAUUUUGACUAAGCUUAGCUCUAUUCCGUUUCUUUUUAUCUUGUAAAACUCCCUAGUCUUUGCCAAUGACAAGCAUAUCCAUAACAUGAUGCAGCCACCACCAUGCUUGGAAAUAUAAAGAGUGGUACUCAAUGAUGUGUUGUGUUGGAGUUUACCCAAACAUAACACCUUGUAUUCAGGACAUACAUUUCAUUUAUUUGCCACAUGUUUUGCAGUUUGCCAUGUUGCACACAGGAUGCAUGUUUUGGAAUAUUUUUUAUCUGUACGGGCUUCCUUCUUUUCGCUCUGUCAUUUAGGUCAGUAUUGUGGAGUAACUACAAUGUUGUUGAUCCAUCCACAGUUCUCCUAUCACAGCCAUUAAACUCUGUAACUGUUUUAAAGUCACCAUUGGCCUCAUGGUGAAAUCCAUGAGAGGUUUCGUUCCUCUCCGGCAACUGAGUUAGGAAGAACACCUGUAUCUUUGUAGUGACUGGGUGUAUUGAUAUACCAUCCAAAGUGUAAUUAAUACCUUCACCAUGCUCAAACGGAUAUGUGCUACCAAUAGGUGCCCUUCUUUGCGAACCAUUGGAAAACCUCCCUGGGUUUUGUGGUUGAAUCUGUGUUUGAAAUUCAUUGCUCAACUGAGGGACCUUACGUAUACUUGUAUGUGUGGGGUAUAGAGAUGAGGUAGUCAUUCAAAAAUCAUGUUAAACACUAUUAUUGCACACAAAGUAAGUCCAUGCAACUUAUGUGACUUGUUAAUCUUUACUCCUGAAAUUAUUUCCUGAACUUAUUUAGGCAAGCCACAACAAAGGGGAUGAAUACUUAUUGACUCAAGACAUUUCAGCUUUCCAUGUUUAAUACAUUUGUAAACAUUUCUAAAAACGUAAUUCCACUUUGACAUUAUGGGGUAUUGUGUGUAGUAGGCCAGUGGCAAAACAUCUCAAUUUAAUCCAUUUUAAAUUCAGGCUGUAACACAACAAAAUGUGGAAAAGGUCAAGGGGUGUGAAUAGUUUCAGAAGGCGCUGUAAGUGUUUGUUGAAAUUCCCUCUACUUGUUUUUAUUUUUGUCAUGUCAUUUUUAUAUGUAGUACGUGAACAAAGUUCAUUGAUUGUAAAUUGUUUUUCUACUGUAGAAUCAGUUGUCAGGAAACCUGCUGAGGAAGUUCAAGAACAGCAAUGGCUGGCAGAAGCUCUGGGUGGUCUUCACCAACUUCAGCCUGUUCUUCUACAAGACCCACCAGGUGAGGGCUAGCACCAUCUCCUCGUGUCCGUGUUUGUCUGUCUGUGUAGACCAUGGCCCGUAUUCACAAAGCAUCUCAGAGUAGGAUUGCUGAUCUACGAUCAGGUCCCCCUUGUCCAUGUAAUCUUACUAAUUAUGAUCUAAAAGGCAAAACUGAUCCAAAGUCAGCACUUUUAAGAUGCUUGAUACAUAUGGUACCAGAACGACAGCAAUGUGUUCUGGGGAAGAAGACACUCACCUCUCUCCCGCUCCUUAUGAUACGUGGCGCUGGAGGGGAUGGCUGCCGUUUUAUGGACUCUUCGUGUUUUUUUGUAUUGUUUGUAACUUAUUUUGUACAUAAUGUUGCUGCUACCGUCACUUAUGACCGAAAAGAGCUUCUGGACAUCAGAACAGCGAUUACUCACCUUGAACUGGACGAAGAAUGUUGCUGCUACCGUCUCUUAUGACCGAAAAGAGCUUCUGGACAUCAGAACAUCGAUUACUCACCUUGAUUAAUUUUUCUAUAAUGAGUCGGACGAGAGGGAUUUGCUCCAGACACCCGACAGGGCCCUCAUCCCCUUCAUUCGCAGUUUACCUUCGAUACUAUUGGCCAAUUUACAAUCGCUUGAUAAUAAAGUGGACGAACUACAGGCACGAAUAUCCUACCAACGGACAUUAAAAACUGUAGUAUCUUAUGUUCCACGGAGUCGUGGCUGAACGAAGACAUGAAUAACAUACAGCUGGCAGGUUAUACACUGUAUCGGCAGGAUAGAACAGCAGCCUCUGGUAAGACAAGGGGUGGUGGUCUAUGUAUAUUUGUAAACAAAAGCUGGUGCACAAUAUCUAAGGAAGUCUCGAGGUUUUGCUCGCCUGAGGUAGAGUAUUUCAUGAUAAGCUGUAGACCACACUACCUACCAAGAGAGUUUUCAUCUAUAUUCUUCGUAGCUGUCUAUUUACCACCACAAACCGAUGCUGGCACUAAGACCACACUCAAUUAACUGUAUACGGCCAUAAGCAAACAGGAAAACGCUCAUCCAGAGGCGGCGCUCCUAGUGGCCGGGGACGUUAAUGCAGGGAAACGUAUCUGUUUUUGCCUCAUUUCUACCAGCAUGUUAAAUGUGCAACCAGAGGGGAAAAAACUCUAGACCACCUUUACUCCACACACAGAGACACGUACAAAGCUCUCCCUCGCUCUCCAUUUGGCAAAUCUGACCAUAAUUAUAUCCUCCUGAUUCCUGCUUACAAGCAAAAACUAAAGCAGGAAGCACCAGUGACUCGGUCAAUAAAAAAGUGGUCAGAUGAAGCAGAUGCUAAGCUACAGGACUGUUUUGCUAGCACAGACUGGAAUAUGUUCCGGGAUUCUUCUGAUGGCAUUGAGGAGUACACCACAUCAGUCACUGGCUUCAUCAAUAAGUGCAUCGAUGACGUCGUCCCCACAGUGACUAUACGUACAUACCCCAAUCAGAAGCCAUGGAUUACAGGCAACAUUCGCACUGAGCUAAAGGGUAGAGCUGCCGCUUUCAAGGAGCGGGACUCUAACCCGGAAGCUUAUAAGAAAUCCCGCUAUGCCCUCCAACGAACCAUCAAACAGGCAAAGUGUCAAUACAGGACUAAGAUCAAAUCGUACUACACCGGCUCCGACGCUCGUCGGAUGUGGCAGGGCUUGCAAACUAUUACAGACUACAAAGGGAAGCACAGCCGAGAGCUGCCCAGUGACACGAGCCUACCAAACGAGCUAAAUUACUUCUAUGCUCGCUUCGAGGCAAGUAACACUGAAACAUGCAUGAGAGCAUCAGCUGUUUCGGACGACUAUGUGAUCACGCUCUCCGUAGCCGAUGUGAGUAAGACCUUUAAUCUGGUCAACAUUCACAAGGCGCAGGGCCAGACGGAUUACCAGGACGUGUACUCCGAGCAUGCACUGACCAACUGGCAAGUGUCUUCACUGACAUUUUCAACAUGUCCCUGUCUGAGUCUGAAAUACCAACAUCUUUCAAGCAGACCACCAUAGUCCCUGUGCCCAAGAACACUAAGGUAACCUGCCUAAAUGACUACCGACCCGUAGCACUCACAUCUGUAGCCAUGAAGUGCUUUGAAAGACUGGUCAUGGCUCACAUCAACACCAUUCUCCCAGAAACCCUAGACCCACUCUAAUUUGCAUACCGCACCAACAGAUCCACAGAUGAUGCAAUCUCUAUUGCGCUCCACACUGCCCUUUCACACCUGGACAAAAGGAACACCUAUGUGAGAAUGCUAUUCAUUGACUACAGCUCAGCGUUCAACACCAUAGUUCCCUCAAAGCUCAUCACUAAGCUAAGGACCCAGGGACUAAACACCUCCCUCUGCAACUGGAUCCUGGACUUCCUGACGGGCCGCCCCCAGGUGGUAACGGUAGGUAACAACACAUCCGCCACACUGAUCCUCAACACGGCGGCCCCUCAGGGGUGCGUGCUCAGUCCCCUCCUGUACUCCCUGUACACUCAUGUCUGCAUGGCCAGGCACGACUCCAACACCAUCAUUGCCGAUGACACAACAGUGGUAGGCCUGAUCACCGACAAUGACGAGACAGCCUAUAGGUAGGAGGUCAGAGACCUGGCCAUGUGGUGCCAGGACAACAACCUCUCCCUCAAUGUGAUCAAGACAAAGGAGAUGAUUGUGGACUACAGGAAAAAGAAGAGGACCGAGCACGCCCCCAUUGUCAUCGAAGGAGCUGUAGUGGAGCAGGUUGAGAGCUUCAAGUUCCUUGGUGUCCACAUCACCAACAAACUAACAUGGUCCAAGCACACCAAGACAGUCAUGAAGAGGGCACGACAAAACCUAUUCCCCCUAAGGAGACUGAAAAGAUUUGGCAUGGGUCCUCAGAUCCUCAAAAGGUUCUACAGCUGCACCAUCAAGAGCAUCCUGACUGGUUGCAUCCCUGCCUGGUAUGGCAACUGCACGGCCUCCGGCCGCAAGGCACUACAGAGGGUAUUGCGUACGGCCCAGUACAUCACUGUGGCCAAACUUCCUGCCAUCCAGGACCUCUAUACCAGGCGGUGUCAGAGGAAGGCCCUCAAAAUUGUCAAAGACUCCAGCCACCCUAGUCAUAGACUGUUCUCUCUGCUACCGCACGGCAAGCGGUACCGGAGCGCCAAGUCUAGGUCCAAGAGGCUUCUAAACAGCUUCUACCCCCAAGCCAUAAGACUCCUGAACAUCUAAUCAAAUGGCUACCCAGACUAUUUGCAUUGCUCCCCCCCCCCCCUCCCCCCCCCCCUCUUUUACGCUGCUGCUACUCUCUGUUCAUUAUCUACGCAUAGUCACUUUAAUAACUCUACCUACAUGUACAUAUUACCUCAAUUACCUCGACUAACCGGUGCCCCCGCACCUUGACUCGGUAUAUAGCCUCGCUAUUGUUAUUUUUACUGCUGCUCUUUAAUUAUUUGUUACUUUUAUUUUGUAUUAUUUUAUAUAGUAUUCUUUUGUGAUUUUUUGGGGGGGGGGGUAUUCUUUCUUAAAACUGCAUUGUUGGUUAAGGGCUUGUAAGUACGCAUUUCACUGUAAGGUCUACACCUGUUGUAUUCAACGCAUAAAAUGUGAUUUGAUUUUAUGCAUGUCUGUGAAGGCCAGAAGCACAGCAGUGUGUGCUGGGGCAGACCCCCUACCCUCUUCCUGCUCAUGAUCCAUGAUCUUCAACAUGGUACACUCUAAGAAUAUCCCAUUCAUUUAAGAUAUCCCAUCUCUCUGUGGAAUUUCAAAUCCAUGUGCCAUGGAAGGGAGUUAUGCACAUCCCCAUGCCAGUUCAUCUGCUCUCACUUUCGGCACAGCUCUCCUGAAUCCAGUAGAAUCACCACACUGAAACCAGUGUUAGUUAUGCGAUAGUUAGUUACUCAUGUUUUGUCACAAAUUCUGUGACCUGUAGCCAUGGGGCAUUUUCCCUGAUUUUAAAAUGCGCCAUGAAAGUAUAAUAGUGUUAUCAAGUAUAUUUGUAGUGAAAGUGAGUAGCUCCUUGAAAUUCAGAUUGCUUGACUGUUUGGUCCUUUCCCUUCUCUCCAGGAUGACUAUCCUCUGGCCAGUCUCCCCCUGUUGGGCUACUCUGUCACCAUACCCACUGAGUCUGAAAACAUCCACAAGGACUAUGUCUUCAAACUGCAUUUCAAAUCCCAUGUCUACUACUUCAGAUCUGAGAGCGAGUACACCUUUGAGAGGUACAGUACACUUCUGUCUAUCCUGUAUUGUGUACAGUAUAUAGUAUGUUUGUUUACAGAUGUUACUGGGCAGUGUGAAACCCUCUGUCUCUUUCUCUCCAUACAGGUGGAUGGAGGUCAUUCGCAGUGCCACAGUCUCUGCCAGCAGCACCCGCAUUUUGAGCCGGAAAGAGCCCCAUCCGUACUGAUCCAAAGAGCAAGGGCUCUCUCCCUGUCUCCAUGCCUCUUCUCCCUACCACAACCUCCCAUAGGGUCUGGCCACAUCUAGCCUUCCUUCACACUACGACUCCCCAAGCAGCAAGCUGAAGCAGAGCCCCACUGGUGCCACAUUCACUUCACUUCUCUGGACUCUCUUGAUUUCCUUUUCUACACAUAUCUGGGACAUAUGUACAUUGAGCAGUGUCCAUGCACAAUCUUGGUGCUUUUUAAUGCUUUAAUGGUGACAUGUCCGCUGGUUUAGACUGCAUCAGAGACUGCAUUUUCAGCAUUUUUACUCAGCUCUGAACCUCUUUUUGUAGGACGCCAUUUUAUACUGUUUUCUAACGGGCUGAAUCACUUACUGUACUUCUGGUUUCACAUUCUGUCAUUGGAUUGUUUUUAUGGUGGAAACAUGUUAAUAUAGAGAAUGCAUUUUUAAACUUGUUUUUUUCAUAGAUGGUUAGAAUAUCACUGCAUCCUCAAGAUUUUUGUCUCCUUGUUUAUUUUAUGGGGGAAAACAAAAAAUAAAAAAAAUAAAAAGUGCCAAACGGUUUUAUCAUUGUCCUAGACUUUAAUGCAAUUUUACUAAAUUGGUGGUGAGGAGACUUGAAAUGUGUUGUAAAAAAAGGCCACUUUAAAUUACUUUUUUCUUUUAAUAAGAUGUCUCUGGACAGUGAGAGACCUUGUGAUAAGUAAAAUAUCAGAAUAUUUUGUUGUAUCAUUGACAUAACUCUAGAACUACUUAUAAAGCUAUCAGGGUAGUUACCAUCAUCACUAACGCCAUUAUUCAAGUAAAGUGAAUAUUCCUGUUAUGCUUUGUUGUAUGGAUACUUCAGAGGGUGUUCUGAAGACUAUUAUAUUCCACCCUCAAUUGUGUGAGAAAUGUGAGAUGUUCAUAAUCUGUGUAUUAUGAAGGAAACUGUAAUGGAAAGCUUUAAAGAAUAUGUGUGAAACAAAAUAUAAACUUUCAGUUCCAAGCACCAUUGCCCUUGUUGGUCUAGGCUGCCUCCCAUAUGUAAAGAGUCCUUUACAAGUCUACAUUAAAUGGAUAUAUGCAUAUGACAGAGAGGGAAAACUUUGGUUUUCCUUAUUGAGGGAAUGCUGUGUUUUCCCAGACAACAGAGAGCGCUUUGGAAAUGAAAGCAAUAAAAACCUAAUUUGAACA